AAAAAAGUAAAUGAUAAACAACAUAAUGUUUAAUGAGAUCUUUAUGAUACCGAUAUAAAAUAGGAAUUCAGCAAGAUAUAGAUAGGAUAUCUAAUAAUUAAGCAACCGGUGAUAUUCUAUAUAGAAAAUCGGUUUUUAAAAGAGGCGUUUUAGGAAAUUAGGAAUAGAAAUAUGUUAAUAAUGACGAUGGUCAAUGUUACGAUUUCACAUCCUCCCACCGUUCGAGAGCUUUUCCAAUGGUUCACGCGACUCGAUCAACGAAUAGUCUUCGUUCGGCCAAGUACUCGAAUGCGCUGGUCGGUUCUAACAUACGAAUUCGAUCUCUCUUUGUCACGCGUUUAAUCACCAAAAUGGACAAUUAACUAAAAUUCUUAAAUAGAAGAUACGUGUAUGGGUACAUAUAUAGAAAUGUACCCUAUGACUGAUCGAUCUUCGUCGUCAAGGAUGUGAGAUCUUCGGACACUGUGUUUACGAGGAUCCGAGCAAAAGGGGAUUGGACUUUGGAUGAAAAGAAGAUGAAAUCAAAGGCAAGCAAAAGGUAAAUAAUAAUCGCUAAUAGGAUAGGGUCAAAGAAGAUAGGAUUAGAACGAUAACAACGUCGUCGUGGUCGUCGUCGUCGUGGUCGCUUACGAUCAACAGCGUCGAUAAUCGGUCCGCGUCUGGUAAGGUCCGUCAAAGAGAAGCAAAGAGAAGCACGUGAGAGGUCUUCAGUUGGCUCUGCGGACGUAGAGUCAAGAGGUUCAUCGGACAUACCAGGGACAACAUAAGAAAGGAAGAAAAUGGCUACGCUGACCCUAGAUCAUCGUUAUUGUCCUAGAAAACGAGUUUGAACCUCGAGAAUUAUAAACUGUGUGUAUAGUUCCCGGUGACCAAUUGCCGCGUUUCAAUUGACCGUUUCUCCUUUUGUUUUUCGGAGAAUGUCGAAGAAGCAAUGGAUCGUACUUCUCAUGUUGUUCCUAGCUUAUCUCCUUUUGGGCGCUUCUAUGUUCUAUCACAUUGAGAGCAAAUUGGAGAUUGAACACAUCGAACUUGCCAGACAAGAACGCAUCGAGAUUAACGCUUUGCUUCGCAAACAUUACAUUCCCAGUCGUACGCACAAUCAGCACGAGAUCUUUGCACGAUUGACAGAGUAUUGUGGUAAAUCGGUUUACAAUUAUACGGACGGCGAAAAUGAUCCAUUAAAAUGGGACUUUUACAACAGUUUUUACUUUGCUUAUACAGUCGUCAGUACCAUAGGUUACGGGAAUUUAGCACCAACCAAUAUGCUGAGUCGCAUAUUGAUGAUAUUCUACGGAUUGGUCGGUAUACCUAUGAACGGCAUUUUAUUGUCUCAGUUGGGAGAGUUUUUUGGUCAUGUCUUUGUAAGGGCUCACCGCAAAUACAAAUCGUACAAACAACAUCAGAACAAUGACUAUGCGAAGAAAUUAACACCGCUUGAAACAAGGAAAGCUGGUCUCGCGGCACAAAUCUUCAUGUAUCUCAUUCCUGGAUUCGUCAUGUUCAUCUUCUUCCCGGCUUUUCUAUUCUCUCAUUACGAGGGUUGGACUUACGACGAAGCUGUUUAUUACGCUUUCGUAACGUUGACAACGAUUGGCUUCGGAGAUUACGUGGCAGGACAAGACAACACAAAAGGUAGUGGAUUCUUUUUCGUAAUGUACAAAACCUUCCUCAUUAUAUGGAUCUCCUUCGGAUUAGGCUACAUCGUCAUGAUCAUGACCUUUAUCGCCCAAGGUAUGCGCAGCAAGAAAAUCAUCAGAAUUGAGCACAAAUUGGCAAUGAAUCUGAAACACACGCAAAGCAAAAUAUGGAAUGAGUUUAACAAAGAAAUCAGCUACUUCCGAAGAGUUUUUAAUGAACUGCAGCUUUCCAAAGUCAAAAGGGUUUACGUCGAUGAAUACAACUACGAAACACCGCCAACUAAAUUUUCACGGAGUAACAGUUUCCCAGAUCUCAGGAAGUUGAUAUAUGGUGGAUUCGACGCUCCAGCACCUUUGCAUCCUCGACGUCGUGCCAAUAGUGAAGUAGUACCCUUGGAGCCAUUAACGCGAGUGGUGUCGGAAACCGAUCUCCAGCGAAUUGACAAAACGGCUACAUUCGCUGCUCACGCAAUGGUACAACCAGCAGAAUUGUUGGCAAGACUGGUAAACGUCCUGGGCUAUAUACCACCGCCUGAUGAUGCUAACGAUACUUCUGAUUGGGAUCAGGAAUAUAAAAACAAAGAAGACACCACGAGAAAGACCGGAAUCGAAGGAUUCAAUGAAAAAAAUAUUCUUAAUAAACAGAAUACUUGGAACGAGUCAAGCUGGAGAAUCGGUACAGAGAAGAUUUCUGGCAUUAAGCCACGAUCGAGAGCGGCUAGCGAAGUUAGAUUGGAUAUGAGCAAAAAUGAUUCUAACGUUCAUCAACAAAACGGAGAAUGGACUUGGUCCGGGCCGACUGCUUCGAGGAAAAUUCAAGAACUGAUCAAAACUCGUAGGACUGGUCUUUCUAGUAUCAAAGACAAUAAAUCGUACAAAUUUCCUUCGAUCACGUUACCCAAGUCCGUACCAAAGAAUCUCUUCUCUCCGUGGAGGCGACAAUCGUCGUCAAACAAAAAGAUACCGGACACCGAACAGUCCAUUCAAAAGGGUAGUACUCUUCCUGAUAUCGAUCUUGAAGCAGGAGAAAAUUAUUCAUCGAUAACAGCACAUUCUGAUUUGUAUUCUUCGAAUUUGGACGACGUCAAUGAAUCUAUGACAACAUCGAGGCAUCAUCCAUAUUACACUCACACAGGCGCCAAUUUGCCCAGUUUAAUGGAGAGUAAUAAUAUUUUGGAAGAGACAUCUUUGGCCGAUUUUCUACGAGCUCUUACCGUUCUUCACGCUAAAAUUAGCACUGUGCCCAGCGAUUAUUCGAAUAUUCGUAAACCUCAAAGAAAAAUGGGUACCGCUUCGUUGACCCCGCCUAAACUUCCAAGUCUCUUCACUUUAUUCUCGCAAUCCGCAGACAGUCAAAGUCAUAGUCAGAGCAAUCAAAGCACGAUGACCGCAUCUUCAUCGUUGCAAGCCAAUAGAAGAUACUCUUUGAGACCUAGCGAAUACUCACCAGCAUCUACGCCGUCUUAUGAAAGACGUGGAAGUGUGAUGAAUCCUGUUAAAUCAAGAAGGUUUUCUUUGAGACCCGUUGCUACUCCGACUAGUACCCCACCGGAAUAUACAGCAUCCUACUUGAAUUCACGAAUACACGAUGACCAGAGAUCACAAUUUUCCUAUCUGACGGAUGCCUUUAUCUACGAAUCUGCGAAAAAGCCUCUGGUAAAAAUGGAAGGAACUCCAGGUGUUUCGUCGCCAAUUGCAAAGAUCUCAAAUGGUCGUCGUUACUCUUUACGACCAAUGACCCAAAUACAACAAGCGCCCAGUUCGAAUCAACAAACUCAAGCCUUUAAAGCUCUACCACGUUGGAAGGCUGGAAUGUUACAACGGCAGAUUGGUAGAAUGAGCGUUCACCGUCGGGUUAGAGCUUUCAGUUUAAGCGACGUCCAAGCAGACAAAUCUGACAAAUCUACUGGUCUAAGUCCAUUAGCGAUAGAUGAUAAUGGUAAACCAGUAACUUCUAUUAUUUCUUCGAUUAAACCAAGUGCUUCUGCGGUUCAAAAGACCGUUACGAUCGUAUCACCAACGAAAGAUGAAGUUCUUCGAUCGAAUAGCAACGAGACGACCUCCAAUCCUUUUAUUCCUUCUUUUGCAACAUCAGAAACACCAGACAACAAUUCUAUUGCUGACAAUUUUCCAUUUAGAAACGUUCAAAACGACGCUAUAAACACCAAUAUUGUGUUAAACACUUUACAGGCAACAUCUGAAUGCGAAAUGAUUCAAUCUAAUAACAAUGAAAGGAGUGUAGAAAAUAUCAACAAUUCCGACAAAGGGAUGGGAGAGAAAUUAAUUUUCCCUAAUGAUUCUGUCGGUUCUAAAGAAAUUUUAAAUGACGAAUUGGCAUUGUCCAAAGACAAUGUAGUAUUAUCGAAUAUUAAGGACAAUUCAGAAAACGAUACGAAAUCAAUGAUUCGUUGUAAUACGAAUGAGAAACCAAGGAUAUCCAUACAUUCUUAUAAAAAUUCGUUGGAUGUUAAAAUAGAGAAACCCAGCGUAAAUCCAUUUUUGCAGUAUCAAGCCACUACUAGUGGUUCUCAACGCGGAAACUCUAAUCUCACAGACGUUAAGGUUGAAAAAACAAAUGAAACGGAACAAUUCGUUCAGAGAAAGUUAUCAGCUGAAGCAAGAAAAAAAUGGGAAAAAGGAUGAUUAUUUAUUCCUUUAUAGAAAACAAGUAAAUAGAUUAGCUUAUUUUUCAACAUUAGAAUCUUUUUAUCUAACAAGAUCUUCUUUGCUAAAUUAAAAAUUGUUCGACAUAUCGAACAUUAAAUCGAUGAUUUAAUCACUUAGAUCACUUAGCUGUAACAUUGAAAACAUUAAUUUACUCAAAUCAUAUGAGACUUAGGAUUAAAAGUCUAUGCUUUAAUUCAUGACAAUAAUGAAAGUAACUUUAAAUAAAAAAAUAAAUGAAAUAUCGAGAGGUAAUGAAUAAUUCACGCUGAUCUUAGCAAUAUAUUUUAAGCGCUAUCUUACUUUCCAGACGUGGCGUGGUUAUUGAUUACAUAUCUAAAACUUUGAUUACUCCUAAAUCUAAAUUAUUAUAUUUUAAAUGAUUCGUUAUUUUUCAUUUUUUUAUAAGGUCUAUAUAAUAUAACA